CAGGUCUUGUUCGUACACCUGUUGGGACAUCUUCCUGUGUGUCCUAUUUCACCCUAAGGGAAGCCACAAAUCUCAGCAGAAUCUUCCAGUCUCCAAACUGGGGCUGCUGGAUACAUGAAACAGAACAGCUAACACCACAUGUAAGCUCAAUCCAACUCUUAAAAAACAGAUACAGAACAAUGGCAGUGACAACCAGAUUGACAUGGAGUGAGGAGAAAAGUCUGCAGAAGAUGCUUGGGAAUGUGUCCUUGAGACUUAUUUAUAAGUCUAGUGUCCACGACAGUAACAUUUCUGGUAUGCUUGCUAGGUGCACUUGUCAGGGACUUACUGAAGGAAAGAAGCAGCAGAAUUGUUCUGUUCCUAUGGAAGUUUGGCUCUUGUCUUUAAGUACCUACUGCAUAUUAUUUGACAGGCACAGAAAUCCACUGCUAGCCGAACUCAGAGCCUACAAGCCCUGUGUAGACUUUAUUUUAGAAAUUCGUAUUCUCUUGCUGGGUCCAUUUGGGUCUGGAAAGUCUAGUUUUACCAAUUCAGUGAAGUCUGUUUUCCGAGGCCAUGUGACUCACCAAGCCACAGUGGCGUCUGAUGUCACCAGCAUUACUUAAAAGUAUAGGAUAUAUCCUAUUAAAGAUGGGAAAGAUGGCAAAUGUCUGCCAUUUAGGUUGUGUCACUCCAUGGGGCUACAUGAGAAAGAAGGAGUAGGUUUGUGUGUGGAUUACAUACCCUACAUCUUAAAAGGCUGUGUGCCAGACAGAUACCAGUUGAGCCCCAAUAAACCAAUUAUGCCCAAUCAUCCUACCUUCAUCAGCUCUCCAUCACUGAAGGACAGGAUUCACUGUGUGGCUUAUGUCUUAGAUAUCAACUCUAUUAAUGAUCUCUCCUCUAAGAUGGUGGCAAAGUUCAAACAAGUUCAAAAAGAAGUCUUGAGCUGUGGUACAGCAUGUGUCCUCUUGCUUCCUAAAGCGACUAAUUGCAGUGAAUUUCUUCAGGACAACUUUUUAAACAUGGAUAAACCUAUGACUUCCCAAAGCCAGAUAAUGCAUAUCAGCAAAAUGCUAAAUGAUCCUAUUUAUAAUACCUUUGUGGUUGAAAAUUAUACAUCAGAGUGGGAGCUGGACCCUUUAAAGGACACUCAGAUCCUCUUUGUGCUGAGGCAGAUGUUACGGGUAGCAGAGGACUUCUUUGAGGACUUGCCUUGAGGAAACAGAAGGGAAGACUGGAAGAGAAUGAAAUGCUGGAGAGAAGAAAUGAACAUAGAGGAGGGAGAAUGUUUCACUUGUCUCUGGAUGAAGAUAUGAAUUUAAACUAAUUAAAAAGAACAAAUAUUUCUUAAGGACUUAUGUGUUAUUUCUGUGAAAAAACAAACUUUCUUCCCUUAAUGAACCCAUACCUGAUUUUCAUUAAUUGAAUUCCAAACCAUCCUAGCCAUGUCUCCCAAGUAGAGUGAUCAAAUGAGGUUACAAGUGCAAGUCAAUAAGAAGGUUAUUUUAUACAAGUGCCCCCAAAUGAUUUUAAAAUCCUCUGGGUAGCUGUAAAGUUAGGACCAUUAAUAAAGAAAAAAGGAAUUUCAGAAGAUAGGUUUUAGAUUUUUCCCCCUAAAACCUUAACUCUCUUCUCCCAGUUUCUUAGUAUUUUUCAAGUGAAUAUGUUUAGUUCAAUAGUUAUCCAUAUUAAAGCCAUCUAAUAUACUUUUAGUCAGAAUUAUUGUCUUCUUUGGCAAGCCCUGGGUAUGAUGAGGGCAAGAAUUACUUAGGGAUAGUUUUGGAAAAAGACCUAUUUUCUAAAGCAAAGCUACAGGUAAAGCUGUGCUCCAGUGAAUGUUCAGGAGUCAUGAUUCAGUGGAAGAGAUGGCUGGGGUCUUUAAAAGAAGGAAUAGAAUGGUCACAGAUACUGAAGAGUAGAGCCAGAAGUAGAUAUUGGAAACGAAAGUAGAGUUCCUGCCAGGAUGAUUAUGAAAUAGAUGUAGGGAGCAACAAGUCCAAAAAGUAAGAUGGGUUUGUCUCCAUGUAAUCCACGAUAAAAACAAGCCACAACCAUUGUUGAUUAGAAGACUGAAGGUGAUUGAAGACCCACUACUGUGCUUCACCACCUCUAAGGCCAUAACUCAUCCAUCUCCAGGUGGAGUCAGCAAAAAUCUGGGCAGAGUAAGGUUUUGAUAGAUGCCAAAUUAGAUUCAAGGUGGAACUUCUUUACUCUGUUUGAAGGGGUAGUGUAGAAUACCCUCAUGCAGGAGAUGGAGACCUUGAAAGGAAGAGGAGUAAUGGAGAGAUCAAGAGAGAUAAACAAUGAGGGACUGUCCAGGUGAAUCAAUAUCAUUUGAGAGUAUAAAUAUUGAGGCUAAGUUUCCCUUUUUGUAUUACAAAUGACAGUGUUAGGUAAAGGAUGUCACAAUUCCUAAUUCUCUAAUGCUGUACUACUUUGGGAAUGAUUAAACAUUUUAAUGGAAUUAAAUGUAUAUUUGGGGGUUAGGCUAGAAAGGAUUGGUGAGGGGUGCCUCAAAAAGGGAGAGACGUCUCUUUUAUCUGGGAAAGGACCUUUCCUGACUUUGAGGAUUCUGCUGAUCUUUCUUUACCAUCCUAACAGUAGGACUUACCACUUUGCCACACUUUAGAGGCCAUCCAGGAUUUUUGAAAGUUUACAUAAUUUAAAUUUGAGCUAGAAGUACAGUACAGCCAAAGUCAUUAUUUUUUACCAUAACAGUGCUAAGGGACAUAGUGGAUAAAGCAUAAAUGUAGUGGGAGGUAGAAUAUCACCUAAAGUGAGAGGGAUGUUGUAGACACUUUAAGCAUCAAUACUAGA